AAAUGGUGUGCUUGAGAUGGCUUAAAAGGGCUAAAAGAAUUGAUUUCAAAGUACGUUUUUAUGCCAUACGUGCAUUUCCUGCUUGUUUAUCUCCCUUAUCACGGUUUAGUCGAAUAUAUAACCCUCAUGAUUCUAUAAGAAUUGAGAAAUUAGGAAAAAGUCAGGCUGAAAGAUCUAAGCAAGUAGAAGUCCGUUUAAAAGAGGAUCCUUAUGGUGUGUUACGUCAUAGUGUAGCCUUACUUAAUAUUCUUGGCAAUUCAACAUUGGUAAUUCAACGAAAAAUGGAAAUGAUGAAUGUUUUUUUUGGUUUUGAACAGGCAAAUAAGUAUAUUGUUAUGGAUUCAUCUGGAAAACAUGUUGGAUAUAUUGCAGAAACAGGAGAUCAAUCAAUAACAAAGAUUUUUGCACGUCAAAUAUUUCGGACGAAUAGGGCCUUUAAGGCACAUAUUUUAGAUAGAGAAGGAAAUGAAGUUCUUCUCAUUGAAAGACCGUUUUCAUGGAUAAAUUCGAAAAUUAGAGUGAUAGAUCGUAUGGAUAGUUCUUAUCCCAUUGUUGGUGAAGUACAACAACAAUGGCAUGCUUGGAGACGAAAAUAUAAUCUUUUUCUCAAAAGAAAUGAUAUUUUUUCUCAAUUUGCAUAUAUAGAUGAACCAUUAUUUUCAUGGGAUUUUUCGCUAAUGGAUCAAGAAGGUGGAUUAAUUGGCUCUGUUAAUAGAAACUUCAUGGGUUUAUUUCAGGAAAUGUUUACAGAUACUGGGAAUUAUGUAUUACGUAUGGAUUCUGUUUCGGAAACAAAUGAGACAGCUUCUUCUAAACAGCUUAUAAAUGUAAAUGGAAGAACAGACGUUUUAGCUCCUUUGAAAAGAGGCUUAACAUUAGAUGAAAGAGCAAUAAUUUUAGCAACAGCAAUAUGUAUUGAUUUUGAUUAUUUUUCUAAACUAUCAAAAGGCGGUGCUAGUAUUGGCUCUUUUUUUCCAUUUUGGUUUCCUGUAUUUGGAGGAGGCACGCAUGAAAACUCUACAGAACAACCAGAAUCAACAUCUACUUCUCAAGAUCAAGAUUCAUCCCUUUCUUCUAAUGAUGAGCCUUCUAAGUCUGAAGAAACUGAAAAAAAAUGGUGGGAUCUUUCGCCAGAUAAUGAUGUAUGGGGCGAAGGAGAUCAUGAUCCAUGGAGUGAUUCAAAUCAGAAUCAAGAUAAUGAUUCUUGGGGAGGUUUUUUUGAAGAAGAAGAUUAGUCAUGAAAAAGUAUUAUAUAUAUUUGAGAUUUUAAGUAUUUUAUAAGACAAAUUUAUACAUUUUUAUGGAAUAAAACUAAAUAUCAUGGUAUAGUUGUAAAUUUUGA